AUGGUUGCAAACAAUGUUGGAAAGGAUCCAGACAGUCCUGAACCUAUUGCUAUUGUGGGUAGUGCCUGCAGGUUCCCAGGCGGAGCCAGCUCUCCCUCUAAACUAUGGGAUCUCUUGAAAGCACCACGAGAUCUCCUGAAGGAGAUACCUCACUCGAGAUUCAACUCGGCAGCAUUCUAUCAUCCCAAUGGCUCUCACCACGGGACCACCAAUGUCCAACAUUCAUAUAUGCUACAUGAGGACCUUCGCCAUUUUGAUGCGCAGUUUUUCAACAUCAAGCCUAAGGAAGCCGAAUCAAUUGAUCCUCAGCAGCGUUUCCUAAUGGAAACGGUGUAUGAAGCUCUCGAGUCUGGCGGACAUACUAUUGAUGGACUUCGGGGCUCGGAUACUGGCGUUUAUGUGGGAGUAAUGGCUGUUGAUUAUCUUGAUGUACUAACACGCGAUGUUAGUACGAUUCCAACAUACUAUGCCACUGGAAUCGCGCGCAGUAUCAUUUCAAACAGGAUUUCAUAUUUCUUUGACUGGCAUGGCCCUUCGAUGACAAUAGAUACAGCUUGUUCGUCAAGUAUGGUCGCCGUGCACCAAGCUGUGCAGUCACUACGCUCAAACGAGUCGAAAGUCGCAGUUGCAGCCGGAGCAGAAAUAAUUCUUGGACCAGAGAAUUAUAUUGGAGAGAGCAAAAUGAAUUUGCUCUCUCCCACCGGCCGUUCCCGUAUGUGGGAUAGCGAUGCAGAUGGAUACGCUCGAGGAGAUGGAGUCGCAGUAGCAAUUCUCAAAAGGCUUUCAGAUGCUUUAGCAGACGGUGAUCACAUCGAGUGUGUUAUUCGAGAGACCGGCCUCAAUCAGGAUGGUCGAGGAACGGGCGGCCUUACAGUACCAUCUACAGAGGCACAAGCGCAACUCAUCCAGCGAACAUAUGAAAAAGCUGGUCUGAACAUUCUGGACCCCAAGGACCGUCCACAAUUCUUCGAAGCUCAUGGCACUGGCACGAAAGUGGGAGACCCUCGCGAAGCCGCAGCUAUCAAAGAGGCAUUUUUCCCCGUAGGGAAGCAGGAUCUUGACGUGCUUUAUGUCGGCUCCAUCAAGACAGUUAUUGGACAUACAGAAGGAACAGCAGGUCUUGCCGGCAUUAUUAAGGGCUCUCUCGCGGUCCAGCAUGGCAUUAUACCUCAAAAUUUGCUUUUCACUCGAUUGAACCCAGAACUGGAGCCAUACUACGACUGCCUUCGAAUUCCUCUUGAGCAGAAGCAAUGGCCACCCUUGCCCCCGGGUGCACCUCGUCGAGUUAGUGUGAACAGUUUUGGAUUCGGGGGAACCAACGGCCAUGCUAUACUAGAGAGCUAUCCGCAAAUCAAGCAGUUGAAAAAACGGUCUGGUUCCAGGACACCCACUUUUACCCCAUUUGUUUUCUCUGCUGCCACAGAGAAAUCCUUGACUCUCACCCUAAGAGAAUAUGUGAGCUAUCUUAAAAGCAACCCAGAAGUUGAUCUACGAGAUCUUGCUUGGACCUUGCAGUCUCGACGAACAAUACUUUCAACCAGAGCGGCCUUCCAUGCUACAACAACAGAGAAUCUCAUAUCUAAGAUUGAAAAGGGCCUGGAAGAAGUAGAGAAUGAUACAGAAAAAUCUAUCGGGACUAAGAGUAUGAGCCCCGGACAACCGCCUCGGAUUUUGGGCAUCUUCACCGGACAGGGAGCUCAAUGGGCCACUAUGGGUAGUCAUCUAAUAACAUCAUCAGACUUUGUGCGAGAAAGAGUGAAAAAGUUAGAAAAAUCGCUGGCUGAAUUGCCUGAUAAUGACCGACCAACAUGGUCAUUGAAGGAGGAAUUACUGGCAGAUGCCGCAGUAUCUCGUAUCGGCGAAGCGGCGUUCUCACAACCUCUUUGUACUGCAGUACAAGUUCUACUAGUGGAUCUACUUAAAAGUGCCGGCUUGAAAUUCGCAGCUGUAGUAGGCCAUUCGUCUGGAGAGAUUGCCGCGGCCUAUGCUGCUGGCUUUAUCUCCGCAAAUGACGCCAUUCGGAUCGCCUACUAUCGUGGAUUUCACGGUAUACUAGCACAUGGAUCAGAUGGUCAAAAAGGAGCCAUGCUGGCUGUUGGUACUUCAAGAGAAGAUGCCCAAGAACUUUGUGAGCUACCUGCCUUUGAAGGCCGUUUAACUGUUGCUGCUGAUAACGCUCCGGCAAGUGUGACACUCUCUGGGGAUGCUGACGCCAUUGAAGAGGCAAAGGUCAUAUUCGAUGAUGAGAAAGUGUUCGCACGACGCCUAAAAGUUGAAAUAGCAUACCAUUCACACCAUAUGUUCCCUUGUAGUGAACCGUAUGCAAAGUCUCUUGGUGCCCUCAAUAUCAAGAUUCCUGAACACCGGUCUUCCUCCUGCCAGUGGUACUCCACUGUUUUACCAGGCAAAGCCAUGGAGUAUGAUGUCAUUUUGAAGAACUCUUACUGGGUUGAUAAUAUGGUUAAUCCAGUGCAUUUCAAAGAUGCUUUAACCAUAGCUACUCAGUCCGAUGUAAACAUUGUUCUCGAAGUCGGUCCUCAUCCAGCACUGAAAGGUCCGGCUAGUCAGACCAUUUUUGAAACGCGAGGGGCAUCCUUGCCUUAUCUCAGCUCUCUCGCUCGUGGCAAUAAUGAUAUUGAAGCUCUUUCCAACUGUCUCGGAUCAUUUUGGACCACCUUCGAUACUUCUGGCUUAGACUUUGAAGCAUUCGAAAGAUCAGUCACUAGAAGUCCCCAACGAACGUUGCUCUCGGGUCUUCCAAGCUAUAUGUGGGAUCAUUCGAGACUUUAUUGGCAUGAAUCAAGGCGCUCAAGGACAUUCCGCACUAAGCCUGAGCCUUUCAACCAAGUCCUUGGUAUCAAAUCUCCUGACAGUACUGACUGGGACAUGCGAUGGACGAACCAGCUAAAACCGUCUGACAUACCCUGGCUCAGUGGACACAAACUCCAGGGUCAGACUGUCUUCCCUGCAGCUGGCUACGUUGUCAUGGCACUUGAGUCAGCUCGCAGUCUUGUCAAGGGACGAUCAGUCAAAUUGUUCGAAGUUCACGAUAUUGUUGUUAGGCGUGCUAUAACUUUUGAAGACGACGCCGAUUUCUCAGUAGAAACCAUUGUUACCCUAACCGACAUAAAAGCGAUACGGGAGCCAGGUCAAGACAUUGAUGAGGCAAGUUUCACCUGUUAUGCCGAGAUUGGUGAGAUGGAGCUUAUGGCCAAGGCACGCAUAUCUGUGCAGUAUGGAGAUUCAUCAUUCUCAACACUUCCAAACGUCCAGCAAGACCCAUCCAGGAUGACUUCAAUUGACGAGGGACACUUCUAUGAUUCACUGUCAGAACUCGGGUACGGCUACACUGGCUCCUUUAGAUCGAUGUCCCAAAUGAAGAGGAAAAUGGAUCACUCAGCAGCACUGUUGUCCACGUACGUUUAUGAGGAAGAUGAACGCGAGCCCCUCUUGGUACAUCCAACGAUGCUGGACGUGGCGUUUCACGCUGCCUUCUUGGCGCAGUCGUCACCGGGCGACAACCGACUUUGGGCACUUCACGUGCCUACCUCGAUCCGAUGCGUGAGGGUCAAUCCUUCUUGUUGCGAGUUCCUGCCACACUCGCAGACCAAACUGCCAGUCUACGCAACACUGCGGGAUGCAAAGUCGGUUGCAAUCCUUGGAGAUGUUGACAUACAUACCAGUGAAGGAAAGCAUGUUCUGCUUCAGAUCGAAGAUCUUCUCCUUGUUCCAUUUUCACCUGCAAACCCAUCUGACGACCGCGUUCUCUUCUCUUACAAUCACUGGGAUGUUGAUGCUCCAAACGGCGCUCUGGUCAUGGGCGAUGAUAGGCCAUCCGAAAAAGAGGUUGACCUUGCCGGAAUAUGCGAGCGACUCUCCUAUUAUUAUCUGAGGAAGUGGAAGGCAAAUAUAUCCAUUAAAGAAUGGGAGCUCGGGGAAUGGCACCACCGGCGCCUUCGUGACACGAUGGAGCAUUUGCUUUCAACCAUUGACAAAGGAAAGCACCCUACCGUUAAAAAGGAAUGGUCCAAUGACACUGAUGCAAAAAUAAAAGAAUUAUCUAGCAAGUACCCAGAUAGCUUAGAUGUCAAGCUCAUCUCAGCGGUGGGUGAAAGCAUGCCUGCCGUCGUCAGAGGCAAAUCAGUAAUUAUAGAGCACAUGAUGAAAGAUAAUGUUCUUGACGAUUUCUAUAAAAAGGGUUUAGGGCUUGAAAAGUACAACGCGUACUUGGCUAAGAUGGUCAAACAGAUUGUACACCGAUAUCCGCAUUUGAAUAUUCUAGAAAUUGGCAAGUGCUGGUACAGGAGGUGCGACUCAGAGUGGUUUAUGGACAAGGCUGCCGUGGCUUUCAAUGAAUUCAGCCAUAAGAUGAGUUUCAAGACUCUGGAUAUAGAGGAGUUACCCGUGUUACAAGGAUAUCAAGAAUAUUCCUACGACUUGAUAAUCGCUUCAAACGUGCUCCAUGCCACCAAGUCCUUACACAAUACACUUACGAAUGUAAGGACGUUACUUAAACCUGGAGGGUACCUUUUGUUAUUGGAGAUCACAGACAGUGAUCAAAUAAGAAUUGGCACUAUGACUAGCGGGCUGGCCGGCUGGUGGGUUGGUGCAAAUGACAAUCGCCAGUAUACACCAACUGUUUCGCCCUCAGUCUGGAAUAAUGUGCUUCGCAAUAGUGGGUUCUCUGGUGUUGAUACCAAAACGCCUGAUCGUUCUUCAUUGGUCUGGCCAUUCUCUGUCAUGGCGAGUCAAGCUGUGGAUGAUCGAAUCAGCGUGCUAAGGCGACCUUUAUCACCAUCUGCAAUUUUGAAGAAUAUUGAAGAAUUGGUUAUUCUCGGCUCCAAGACAAUAACAACUUCCAAGCUUGCUGAGGAUUUAAAUGAUAUUUUGAGCAGAUAUGUCACUAAUAUCACUAUCCUUGAAGGUCUUCCCUCUGAUUCCGAUGACAUCCCUCCAAUGAGCACUUUUAUCAAUCUUGUUGAUCUCGACGAGCCGAUAUUCAAGAAUAUGACUACAGAAACAAUGAGAGGGCUGAAAAGCCUCUUUGAUAGAUCCAGAAACCUACUAUGGAUCACACAGGGUUGUAUAGACUCAGAGCCCUAUCACAAUGCGAGUGUAGGAUUAGGUAGAGCAAUUUUGCACGAGGCACCUCACAUUCGGUUACAAUUCCUCGAUUUGGAUAAUUUGGAGAAUCCAAAUGUAUCUCGAGUAAUUGCAGAAAUGCUCCUUCGUCUUCACACUACAAGCAAAUGGGAGGAACAGGAUAUCCUUCAGGACGGGAUACUUUGGUCUCAGGAACCCGAGCUGAUUUUGCAGAAAAACCAGAUUCUCCUACCGCGCGUCCUCCGUCACUCAAAACAAAAUGCAAGGCUAAACUCUUUGAGACGCCAAGGUACGCAGUUUGUGGAUCAUCGCAAUUCUGCAGUUGAGAUUAUUUCCACGAACAACAGUGUCUACUUGAAAGAUUAUCACCAUCAAAGCUCACGGAAAACAGACGGCGUUAUAUUUCAUAUAACCCAUGCUGGAAUUUCCUCCAUAAAGCUUGGGCCGCAAACUUUCUUGUUUGUCAGCGUUGGGUUUGAACAGAAGUCAGGCAAUCGAGUUGCAAUACUCUCAGAAACCAAUUCAUCCAUCCAGACACAGCCAGUGGCAUCAGUACCGGUAAACUGUUCUUACGAUCAAUGUGUGAACCUACUAUCCACUUUGCUCCACGAGUUACUAGUCAACAGUCUGCUACAUGCAAUACCCAAUAAUAGCAUGUUACUUGUAUACGAGCUUUCGGUGGUAUUAGCCUCGAGAAUCAGCCAGAAAGCGAAUGCGAGACAUAUCAGCGUCCGAUUUGGAACUGCCGAGACAGACUGUAUAGUCCCUGGAUGGAUACGGCUUUCCCCUCAGUCUCCUCGGCGGCUCCUCCAAGCACAAUUUCCCAGAGGUCUUACACACUUUAUUGACCUCUCCGCAUUGACGGGAAAGAGAGGAAGCGGUUCUCAAAUCUUAGCAUCAUUACCCUUAGGGUGCAAGUUUGUGGACUCUUCUUCUCUAGCUCAGGAAAUGUCCAUUAGACACCCAAGUCCAGGCAUAGACUUCCCUCAAAUCUUGGAAGCCGCCGUUCGUGAAGCACAGAAAUCUCAACUAGAUUGCACAGACGGUUGCAUCGAUGCGGGGGACCUCGCUGACAGCACAAUUCACGCAUCACCCCUGACUAUUCUUGAUUGGACGGCUGUAAGCAAAGUGAGAGUGCGAGUCCAGCACCUGGAUACAAACAGUCUAUUUUCGAGGCAUAAAACAUACCUUCUAGCAGGAUUGUCGGGAGAAAUAGGCCAGUCGCUGUGUGAAUGGAUGGCUCGCAAUGGAGCUGGAGGUGUUUGUUUGACUAGUCGCCAUCCCAAGGUGGAUAUUGAAUGGGUGAGAUCCAUCGAAAGAUUGGGAACGAUAGUUCAAGUCGUUGCAAUGGAUCUCACUGUCAAGGAAGAUGUUCAAAAAGUUUGCGAUGAUAUCGAGAGAACGAUGCCACCAAUUGGUGGUGUAGCAAAUGGCGCAAUGAUUCUUCAUGAUACCUUGUUCAGCCAGAUGUCUUUCGAGAUGAUGAAGGAAGUGUUAGAUCCUAAGAUCAACGGAACUAAUUACCUCGAUGAGAUUUUUUCCCACACUGAUUUGGAAUUUUUUAUACUAUUCUCAUCUCUCUCUUCAGUCGUUGGUAACACCGGACAGUCCAACUACGCUGCUGCCUUUGGGCUAGGUUAUGUGGAACGAGCAGGCCAAGUUGUCCAGGAUCAGCUCACUAAAUUUGGCUACAUGCCUAUAUCAGAAUCUGAUUUCCACCAAAUAUUUGCGGAAGCGAUUGUUGCUGGUCGACCCGAAUCCGAAGAAAACCCGGAGAUCGUUACUGGCAUACGCCCUGUAAGCUCCGAUGAGGAGGCGAGAGUACCGUGGUUUGAUAACCCCCGAUUCUCCCACUGCAUUGUUGAAGCGAACGAGACGAAUACUAGCACUUCAGGCGACCGGAAGAAGAAUACAUCUUCGGCGAUUGAUCAACUAGCUGUAGCAACAUCACUACAGCAAGUGUUUGACAUUAUAACACGAUCAUUCGCCGUAUUCAUGCAGCAAGUAUUGCGACUAUCCGGGGAUAUUGGCUAUGAAACCCCACUUGUACAGCUUGGAGUUGACUCCUUGUUGGCUGUUGAAAUACGUUCCUGGCUUUUCAAAGAGCUGAAGACCGAUCUGCCAGUUCUUAAAAUCAUGGCUGGUGGUUCCGUCAAUACCCUCUGUCAGCAAAUUCUGGAGAAACUGCCAGAAAAACUAAUCCCAAAAGUCCGCAGGGACAAUGACUGGUCUCAAACGCCAACUGAAAGUACCAACAGGGGUCUAGAUAGCUCAUCCACAGAGAUUAAUGGCUCGAAUACAACGACGACUCCGGUGCUAGCAAUGGGGGCGACUACUCCACGGUCAGAAGCUUCUGCUCUAGAUGAUAUCCCUUCCGACAAGGAAAUCUCGUCUCCUCCCACCCCCAUGCGCAUUGAGCCAAUCUCUUUUGCGCAGUCUCGUUUCUGGUUUCUACAUCUUCUAUUGGAUGAUCAGACAGCGUUUAAUGUGGCCUUCUAUUAUCGUGUUUCAGGAAACGUGCGAAUAUCGGACCUUGACAGAGCCCUUAGAAUGGUCGGGCAGAGACACGAAGCUCUGAGGACAGGCUUCAUAGCAGAAAAUAAAUUAAAUGAUACCGCUUAUCAAGGAAUUCUCGCAUCUUCCGCUCUUCACUUAGAACAGAGAAAGGUCGACAGUUUCGAAGAAGUAUUGGCAGAGUACAAGACGCUUCGAUCACAUAUAUUCGAUCUCAAAUCAGGAUGUCUAAUGCGCGUGAUACUAUUAUCUCUUUCUCAAACUUUGCACUACCUUCUCUUCAGUUAUCAUCACGCCAUCAUGGAUGGUGUAAGCUAUCAGAUCUUUCUAUCAGAUCUUGAGAAGGCAUAUAACGGAAAAUCUUUGGGAAGUAUCCCACGUCAAUUUUCUGAAUUCUCCAACAUCCAGCUACAGGAAUACAAGUCAGGUGAAUGGAGUGGCGAUCUGAAAUACUGGAAGGAAGUGUUUCGUGAUCCUCCCCAGCCCAUGGACCUAUUGCCGAUUUCCAAAACCACCUGCCGUGUUCCCAUGAAAACUUUUGAGGUUAACCAGGUGAAAUACAGAUUGGGGUCUGAGUUAACUACACAGAUAAAGAAGCUGUCUUCUUCAAAAGGGUCAACAACAUUUCAUUUCCAUCUAGCUUGUUUUAAAACGAUGCUUUUCCGUUUGAUGGAGGAGCCAAAAGACCUAACCAUCGGGAUUGCGGAUGCUAACAGGACCGACAGCAACAGUAUGAAUACCAUUGGAUUAUUCCUCAACCUUCUAGCACUCCGGUUUCAAUAUGACCCUACUGAACGCUUUGGCGAUGCAAUUGUCGAGGCUCGAGAUAGAGCUUAUGCUGCUCUUGAACAUUCGCGCAUUCCAUUCGAUGUCCUCCUCCAGGAACUCGUAAUUCCGCGCUCUGCGGAGAGAAGCCCUAUCUUUCAGGCUUUUUUUGAUUACCGCCAAGGUGCUCGCGAGAAACAACAAUUCGGAAAUCUUCAAAUCGAGGUGGAAGACGUACAUCCUGGAAGAACAGCGUACGAUAUCACGCUGGAUGUGACAGAAAGUUCUGGAGAGACUCUCAUUAUGGUCCGAACUCAGAAAAGCUUAUACGAACCGGCGGAAACUGAGCUCCUGAUCAAAACAUAUGUCAAUUUACUGCGUCAAUUUACGACGGGUGUAACGGCUUCUGUGCAAAAUACAACGCUCUUUGAUAAAAGUGACCUGAAGCGAGGUAUCGAGAUUGGUCUCGAUCAAAUCGCUCAAAUACACCCGGACAGAAUAUCGCUCAAGGACGGCUAUGGUAGAGUCCUGACGUAUAGAAAAAUGACUGCACGAGCUGAAGCGAUUGCAGAAGCAUUGCAAACAAAAGGAAUUGGUUUUGGAUCGAAAGUUGCCGUCUUUGAGCAAGCAACUUCUGAUUGGGUCUGCUCUUUGCUUGCUAUCAUGCGUCUGGGGGCUCUUUACGUUCCUCUAGAUCUACGUAAUCCAUUGAAACGUCUAGCAAGCAUCUUACACAGUUGCGGUCCGCAUGCCGUGCUUGUUGACAAUGAAACAGCCGGUGACACUAACGGGUUAAAGGUUGCUCAGGCAAAAAUUGUCAACGUCUCCCUCAUCGGUCAGGCGCCUUCAACCUCAGUGCCAAAUAAGGCUCGUGCAAAUGCUGCUGGGGCAAUCUUGUAUACCAGUGGGUCCACUGGUAUGCCCAAGGGUGUCAUUAUCAAGCACUCCAGUCUUCGCAACGAGAUAGAAGGAUACACUAAGACCUGGAAACUGGGAGCAGAAAAUGUUAUUCAACAAAGUGCAUUCACCUUCAACCAUUCGUCAGACCAGAUCUGGACUGGAUUAGUCAACGGUGGCUCGGUCUAUGUAGUGCCCUGGAACAAGCGCGGCGAUCCAAUUGAGAUCACUAGACUUAUUCGCGAGCAACAAAUAACCUACACCAAAGCAACCCCAUCAGAAUAUCUUCAAUGGCUAGAAUAUGGACUGGAAAAUCUACAGGGAGUCACAGAUUGGCAAUACGCAUUUGGAGGAGGGGAGAGCUUGACAAAAACGGUGGUUGCGAAAUUCUCAGCUCUCAAUAUCCCUCAUUUGAGACUUUUCAACUCGUACGGGCCUGCUGAAAUUACUAUAUCUUCAACGAAGAUGGAGGUACCAUACCAGGAGCAUAUGCAGAAUGAUUAUCGGAUACCCUGUGGAUAUUCGUUACCAAAUUAUGCAGCCUAUAUUCUAGAUCACCAACUGAGGCCACUCCCACCGGGAGUACCUGGCGAAAUUUAUCUGGGCGGAGCCGGUGUAUCUUUGGGAUAUCUUUCAAAUGAAGAUCUCACGGAUCAAUUGUUCAUUCAUAACCCAUAUGCCCCAGCAGAGUACGUCGAGCAGGGAUGGACGACUAUGUAUCGUACAGGAGACAUCGGCCAUCUCCGGAAGGAUGGGGCAUUGGUCUUUCAUUGUCGCAUUGCUGAUGAUACGCAAGUAAAAAUACGAGGAAUCCGCAUUGAGCUGGGUGAUAUUGAGAAAAACAUCGUGCAAGCAUCCGGUGGUGUGCUCCAAGAAGCCGUUGUUUCUUUGCACGAUAGUGAUACAGGAGGUUUUCUUGUCGCUCACGUCGUAUUUUCACCGCAACAUCAGAUAUUUGACUCAGAAGAGUAUCUCCGACAAUUGCUUAUUCGCCUCCCGCUUCCGCAAUAUAUGAUUCCCGUCAUGAUGAUCCCUCUGAACUGCCUCCCAUUAACUAACCAUUCAAAAGUCGAUCGAAGGGCUAUUAAGGCUUUGCCACUUCCACAACGGGAAGGCAAAGAAGAUGAUGGCGUUAUCCUCAAUGGGAUUUCGUCUCAGCUCAAAAUAAUAUGGGAAGAUGUCCUCCACAACAAGGAUUUUGGCUUCAAUAUCACGUCUGGAGCGAGCUUUUUCGAAGUUGGCGGCAAUUCAUUGCUUAUCGUACGUUUACAAUCCCGCAUACGGGAGAAAUUCAACGUUGCUAUUCCUCUUGUUGAGCUCCUUGAUGCCAACACACUUGGUGACAUGACAAAAAAGCUUGAGGAAGGCCUUCACGUUCAGCAGAUUGACUGGGAUUCUGAAAUACAGCUCCCUAAGGCAUUAGGGAAUAAUGUUGGGACCCAAGUCAGCGGCCAAAAAUCAGAUAAGAAAGUUAUAUUAAUCACGGGCUCAACUGGAUAUCUCGCUAAGUACAUACUACAACAGCUUGUGGAAAACGACAGUGUGGUCAGAGUUUACUGCGUUGCGAUUCGAGGCGAAGGAGGACCAUCUAGGUUAACCGUGUCGUCAGAUAAAAUUAUCGGAUAUUCUGGUGAUUUAUCACAGACACGGCUUGGGCUCAGUGAGAACAAUUUCUUAGAGCUGAGCCAAGAGGUCGACGUCAUUCUUCACAUGGGUGCUAUUCAUACUUUCUGGGACAACUACCAUGUAUUGUACCCAACAAAUGUUGCAUCGACAAAGCAAUUGAUUCAACUUGCUGCUCCACGACGCAUCCCCAUUCAUUAUAUAUCAUCUGCUGGUGUCGUACCCACAAACAAAAGCAUUUACGAAACUGCCUCUGUGGCUGCUUAUUCACCUCCAACUGAUGGUUCAGAAGGAUACGUCGCCAGUCGUUGGGCUAGCGAACGGCUUCUGGAGGAAGCAAGUGCGCGUCUAAACAUACCAUCGUCAAUUCACAGAUUUAUUCCAGGUAGAAAAAUCAACGCUGCAACGGAGGUACUAGAAGAAUACUCCCGGCUCAUACUUAAGCUCAACCUCGUUCCAGACGUUAGCGGUUGGAAGGGCCAUUUUGACGUAAUGCAAGCUGGCAAUGCUGCGGAUGCCAUUGUGAAGGCAGUUCUAUUCAAGGGUAGUAAUGACGAAAGGAGGGGAAGUUCGACAGCGCGUUUCUCGCACCACGAAUGCGAUUAUCGAUUGGAAGUGGCCACAUUGAAAGAAUUCAUCGAAGAUCGAUUCAAAGGUCAUUCUAUGACAAUGAUGCCUGUCUUGCGAUGGGUAUACCAUGCAAAGCAAUCAGGGUUCGGAUAUCUUUUCGCCUCUCAGGAUAUUACGCUCGAGAACCGUAGGGGGGAGAAUGGUAGGGUCGAAGCAUUGGACUCGAGAAGAUAG